AUGCAGAUUACCCUCUUUCUUGUUCAAUUCUUCAUCUCCUCCUCAGCUGCAGCAUCCACUCCAACAUCGUUUGCCAAGUGGUUCGAAGGGAAAUGGGAAGUUCAGAUCAUCACGACGCAUUCAGAUGGUCGUGUCGAGGAUGCUCCAAAGAAUGGCCAGUAUGUCAUGAGAAAUGAGGAGAGCCGGCUAGUUGGAACGUACUUCGAGAACGUAACCACAACAUCCGAGAUCACAAACCCGAUGAGAGUACGCGUUGAGAUCGAUUCUGAGUUCAAGGGAGUGUUCAGAACAGCAAGGUCAACGGUUGAUUUGUUUUCUGCACCAGAAUCCGAGGAGCCCGAACUCAAGUUCAAGACUCUUUUCGAAUUUGACUUCAAGGUUAACGGAUCGGUCGAGCCUCGGGCGGUCGUUGAUUCUGCGCACAGCUCAACCAGAAUGGGCAUUACAUUUCGACCGGAAGUUGGCAUGGGAGGCAGAAAGGAGUUUCUUGAUUACGUCACCAAGUACAUUCGUAUUGACCGUGAUGCCGUCGGGCGGUGGGGAGCACAAUUCUGGAAUACAGACAAUCAUGGAUAUGGGCCAACGUUUCUGAUCUUCUUUGCGUUCAUAGAAGUGAUUGAUCUGGAGCAGGCGAACGGAAGAAAAGAAUGA